CCAAUCAUAGCAAUGUCCAUUGUAUCGUCAAACGUCAGGGAUCCUCAGCUGCCCAAUUCCGCCAAUACCACCCGUGUAUUCAUAUGUAUUGAGCAUGCGAUAUCGCUGCCAGACCGUCUACUCACCCCAGUUCCAAAGUUUCUCGACCAGGUCAUUAGGCAAUGCAGCUCUAUUCUCAUCAGUCCUGAAGAUCUGGAGGUGACCGUCCACUCCAGACACCAGAGCCAGAGUCUCACCCGGGUGACUCAUCGCGAUGGACCUCGCCUCCUUGAGGACGGCAAGGAGCUUCUGCAGUUCGAGCUGAUGGCUUUCCUCCCAGUCCUUGAACUUGUCGGUCACAUUCACUUUCUGAACGUCUUUGAACACACCCAAUUCUUGUUGUCCAUUAAUUGUCCAUGCAGUUCGACUGAACCACAGCUUUGGCAAUCGCUUCCCAACUGCGUGUUUCUUCGUGGCUUGACACUCGGCCAGUGUGGAAGAGUUGACUGGUCUACCGCGGAGACGCACGUAUAUGGCACCAUCGGGGUGGAUAUAAGGAGCACUCGACAGAUUAGAAGACGUUGCAGGCGCUUGAGCAGCGUCAGAGAAGUUCAAGUCACCGAGAAAGUAUCGAAUACCGCGAUAGUGGCUGCAGGAGUUUUCGAGGCCAGGCUGUGGCACAGUGAUGUUUUUGAUGAAGUUUUGCGUGUACACCGGAUUGUGCACCUGGCUGAUAGGCAUGAAAGCACGCUCUUCUCGUCGGAACAAGAAGACCGUAUCUUCCUUUGCCAUUAUGUCGAUCCUGAACUCUGGGUGUCUCCGAAGAGUGACGCAGUCAAGAAUCUUCGUGAGGGUUUUACGAUCCAGAACCAUGCUCACAUUGUUCAGGUUGAAGCGAGGAUUCAUGGCCUUUGCAGCCCGUAACAAUGGCU